AUGACUCCUCCGGGGAGCCGAGGCCCUGUGGACGCGGGUGCGUGUGGAGUGCCCCCCGUGUCACGGGCAGUUGUGUCGGAUCAUUGUGUGAUUUCUGCCCUUCGGGUGUGGAAAUCCAGCUCCCCCAAAGCGCGGGGGCCCCGAGAGCUCGGAGCGUCCCGGGGCGACCGUGCGGCGGGGACCGAGGAGCCCGGCCCCGAGGGCCUCACGUCCACCUCGCUGCUGGACCUCCUGCUGCCCACCGGGCUGGAGCCGCUGGACUCCGAGGAGCCCAGCGAGGCCCUGGGCCUGGGGGCCGCCGGCUCGGGCUUCCCGGGCGAAGAGAGCGAGGAGUCGCGGAUCCUGCAGCCGCCGCAGUACUUCUGGGAGGAGGAGGAGGAGGUGCUGAACGGCUCCGCCCUGGACCUGGGCCCCACCGCAGACUACAUUUUCCCGGACCUGACGGAGAAGGCGGCCGCUCUGGAGGACCCCGACCCCGCCCCGGGGCCGCCCGACCUCCCCUCCGCCCUGCCCAAGAUGGGCCUGGCUGAGCCUUCCUGGCAUCUGCCCCCGGAGGAGGAGGAAGAAGAGGAGGAGGAGGAGGAGGAGGAGGAGGAGGAGGAGAGGGAGCAGGAAGAAGUGAAGGAGGAGGAGGAGCAGGAGGAGGAGCUGCUCCCCGUGAGCGGCUCCCAGGAAGAGGCCCCCAGGCCGGCCGGCGCCAUUUCCCCCAGCACCGCCAGCCCCAGUCAGGAGGAUUCUGAGGACCCGGCCGCCUCAGGCGUGGACGUGGGGAGCACUGUGCGGCCCGGCUCCGUGCCGUCCUCGGUCGCCCCAAGUUCAGGGACCCCGGAGGGUCAGGACGUCGGCAGCCUGGAGGCCCGGGGCCCGGCGCUGCCCACCGCCGGGCUGGCAGUAGAGCUCCAGGUGCCCCGGGAAGCGAGCACCCGGGCGGCGGCGGGGGCCACUGGGCGGGCUGGCGACCCGUCCCGGCCGUCCCCCACGAGAGCCCAGGCUCCCCACCAGGGCCCCCUCCACCCGAAGACUUCCGCCUCCUCCCCCCCCGCCCCCCAAGACGCGGGCCCUACAUCUUCCUCCACUACCUUGCGGCAAGGGGACCCCAGCCAGCCACCCUGGGAGGGGCAGGCCGCCCCGGCACCCUCCGGCGCGCCCUGGAACUCCGCCCAGGUGAUCUGCAAGGACUGGAGCAACCUGGCUGGGAAGAGCUACGUGGUUCUGAACAUGACCGAGAACAUAGACUGUGAGGUGUUCCGGCAGCACCGGGGCUGGCGGCUGCUGGCCCUGCUGGAGGAGGCGCUGCCCCGCCCCGGCAGCUGGCACGUCUCCCUGAGCAAGCCCAGCGAGAAGGAGCAGCAGCUUCUCAUGACGCUGGUGGGCGAGCAGGGGGUGGUGCCCACCCAGGACGUCCUCUCCAUGCUGGGCAGCGUCCGCCGGAGCCUGGAGGAGAUCGGCAUACAGAACUACUCCACCACCAGCAGCUGCCAGGCCAGGGCCGCCCAGGUGCGCGGCGACUACGGGACGCUCUUUGUGCUGCUGGUGAUCAUCGGCGUGGUCUGCUUCCUCGUCAUCGUGCUCGGCCUGCUCUACAACUGCUGGCAGCGCAGGCUGCCCAAGCUCAAACACCUGUCCCAUGGCGAGGAGCUUCGCUUCGUGGAGAACGGCUGCCACGACAACCCCACGCUGGACGUGGCCAGCGACAGCCAGUCGGAGAUGCAGGAGAAGCAGCCCAGCCUCAACGGCGGCCCCGGGAGCUGGAGCGCGCUCAUGGGGGCCAAGCGCGACCCCGAGGACUCGGACGUGUUCGAGGAGGACACGCACCUGUGAGCGGCGCCCACGCGAGGCGGAGACGCGGCCGC